ACAUUGAUGGUAUAAAAUUCAAGUAGGGAGGGAAAAUGUUCAGCCAGACAAAAUUACAAACCGAAACCUCAUCGUCGUCCUCAAGCGACAGUCCAACACGCGAUUCCCCCGAGCACGGGACUACUCGUCUGAUCGAUUACUAACGAUUACCCCUUGAAUUUACAUACAAUUUGUAUUUAGUUACUAUUAGCUACGGCUACCACUAAUGAAUUGAGAGCGCCUACUGCCGUCUGUCACUGCACGAAGAGUUUGCCAAAUAAACUCAACAAGAUAAAAAAUCAUUUGUGAACGGGAGGAAAAUAAUUCAGUGGUUCAAGAGGAAGUGCAUUUUAUUUACACUGAUUGAACUCUCGAUUUGCGAGUGAGGGUGAAGGAUGUCACCGCAGCCGGAAGCUAUUGUUGUGAGAAAUGCGCGAAAAUCCCUCGGAGAUGGAUCCACUAUUUUCGAUGGGCUCAAUAUGACUGUACGGAGGGGCACAAUAUACGGAUUAUUAGGAGCAAGUGGUUGUGGCAAGACAACCCUCCUCUCCUGCAUCGUGGGGAUCCGAAAAUUGGACAGCGGUGAGGUAUGGGUGUUGGGUGGUCACCCAGGAAGUAAAUCCUCAUCAAUACCAGGUCCCCAAGUGGGCUAUAUGCCCCAGGAGAUAUCCCUCGUCCAAGAGUUCACAGUUAUCGGUGCGCUCUACUACUUCGGCCGAAUAAACGGUCUCGAAGACGACGCCAUAAAAUCCCGCUACACCUUCCUCUCCGAUUUACUGCAGCUCCCCCCAAAGAACCAUUUAAUCAAGCACAUGAGUGGUGGCCAACAGCGAAGGGUAUCGUUUGCCUGUGCCCUGGUGCACGAUCCAGAGCUCCUGAUUCUCGACGAGCCGACAGUGGGGCUCGACCCACUGCUGCGCGAGAACAUCUGGAAUUUCCUCGUCAACUUGGCGAGAACGGGUGGUACAACGAUAAUCAUCACGACUCACUACAUAGAGGAGGCUAAGGAAGCCAACAAAAUCGGUCUUCUCAGGUGUGGAAAGCUCCUCGCCGAGGCAUCGCCUGGCAAACUCCUCGCGCGAUGCAACUGCGACUCUCUGGAGGAGGCGUUCCUGCUUCUGAGUCAAAAGCAAAACGACGCACAGGUGUAUCGGCAGAACAGCCUGGUCGACACUGAACUCCAGGAGAUCCGAAACGACAGACAUCCCGACCAAGGCCUCAACCUAUCGAGCAGAGACUACCUUGACAAGGUGUCAGCCCCGAGGAGAGCCCCCUUCAAGCUCAAAAGAAUGAGAAAUCGCAAGUUCCAGGCACUGAUGGUGAAGAAUUGCCUUCAGUUCCUGCGCCAUCCCGGGGGAAUUCUCUUCGCCUUCAUCUUUCCACUGAUCCAAGUCAACUUGUUCUUCAACGCCAUCGGCCAGGAUCCGAAGGAUCUCCUGCUGGCAGUGGUCAACGACGAGGCUGGCGACUGCGCAGGGGGAAACUACCUGGGAGCUGUGAUCUACGACGAGGACGAGGACGUCUGUGACUACGUAGACCUCAGCUGUCGCUUCCUAAGCGGCUUUCAAUCGGCAAUCGGAAGGAGUGAAUUCUACGACGACCAGAAGGACGCGAGGGACGCUGUGAGGUUCGGACAUGCAGUGGGUCUUCUGCACUUCGAUAAGAACUUUUCCAAGAGCUUGCAAGCGCGGCGGGAUCGUUUGGACGUUGAUUCCAACUCCAGUGGGUGGAUAGAGGUCUCUCUGGACAUGGGGGACCGACAGAUAGGAUUGUACAUGAAGAAGACUUUGUUCCAAAGGUUCUUCGACGUUUACGAGGACAUCGUGAGGGAGUGCGGCAUCCCGAAACGCUUCGCUGAUAUCCCUCUCAAGUUCGAAGACCCUGUCUUUGGGAGAAUGGAUCAGAAGUUCUCGACGUUCAUGGCUCCCACUUUCCUUUUGACUGUCAUAUUCUUCCUGUCGACUGCUGUAUCGUCCUCGGUGAUCAUAUCGGAUCGCCACGAGGGAAUUUGGAACAGGAGUUUGGUGCAGGGCGUCACCACGGCCGAGAUAUUGACCGCUCACCUGAUCACCCAGUUUAUGAUCAUCAUCAUUCAGGUGUCUGUGACAAUGGUCAUAAGCUUCUUGCAGUACAACCUCGAGUGCAGUGGCUCGAUGGUUACUGUCGUCUUCAUGAUACUUUUCAUGGGCGUCUGCGGUAUGUGCUACGGGUUCCUGGUGUCUGUGUUGUGCGCAUCACACACCAUGGCGAACUACAUAACCACUGGCAGUUUUUACCCCGUGAUCUUGCUGUGCGGCUGUAUCUGGCCGGUCGAGGGAAUGCCCACUGUCCUACGAUGGCUCAGUCUAGCCCUACCAACUACAGUACCUGGAAUUGCACUGAGGAAUGUUCUGGAUAAGGGCUACAGACUCAAUGACGUUCAAGUCUUUCAAGGCUUUCUCGUCAUCUUCGGGUGGACAACUGUCCUAGUUCUACUGUGCUUCCUUGGCCUCAGGGCCAAAAGCUCCUGAGUGCUCAUAUAAGCUGGACAGAAUGGGGAACUUGCAUGAAGCUCAAUUCUUUCUAAUUCCCCUAUUCACGCGGUCCUCGUUAGCUAACAUAUAAAUAGCUAAACGACGAAAAUUAUGGAGAAAUAUUGUCUAGAUGUUUUAUGAUAAUUAAUUGAAGAUCAGUCGUUUUCGAGGCCAAUUUUUCGGUCAUGACGUCACAAAGACGGUCAGGUAACGCGCGAUUGGUCGGAUAACAAGAGAGUGGGGAGUUGUCGUCCUCCAUUGGCCAAGGCGCAGCGCAAGAUUGAGUUAGGUCGGCUCGAGCCACUCUGUGAUUGGCCCAGCGCUCAAUCGUCUGUGUGACGUCAUUAGCGAUUUUAAAGAAUUUGAAAUCUUCAAAUUUUAACAAUUAAUUAUUAAUUAAUGAGCAAUAUUUCAAACUUGGUGAAUGAUAAAUGAGUUAUUGAGGUCCCAAACUUUGAGACCAGAAAAUUGAAAAAAAUUCAUGCCAGUUCCCUAUUGUAGGGAAUACAAUUAUCUGGAACAUCGGGUUUGUAGUUGAUUUUAUUUAAUUUAGGAUUUUUCGUUGAAUGAAAAUCGUGGAAUAUUAUUUUAUCUAGUCAAGCCCCCGGAGAUGGGAAUUUGCCUCAUAAUUGAUACAUUUGUAUAAUAGAGCAAAAUGAUUUUUACUAAUUGUUGGUUCAAAUUAAAUUUUAUUUUUUAUUGGUAGAUUUGAAGUAGUUAUACGAUGUAAAUAAAUAUUUAUGUGAUAUACAUCUUUAGUUUAACUCA